UCUUUGUUGUUGUAACUAUCUAGAAACUAAAACAGUAGCUAUAAGCUAUUAAAUUGCAUAUAAAGAAAAAAAAUCUCAAAAUCUGAUCUUAAAUACACAAAAUUAGAAUGGGUGGCUAAUACCCUCCCCUACUGAAUGUCUAUCUAACCAAUUAUUUAUUAUUUAUUAUUUAUUAUUUAUUAUUGUGGUCAAAAGUAUAUCUAAACGUUGUCUCAUUGUGCUUGGUUCUGCCUGCAAUUGCAAUCGGUUUAUUAAGCACCAGAGAAUGAUCGCUUCUGAGAGCUCUGUCUUUGUUCUUUGUUAUUUUGUAUGUGUUUAAGAUUGGGAGUCCAACUUUGAAGUUAGGGUUUCUAGGUCUUUCUAUUUGUGUUCGAUACUUCAAAAGGGGCAUUGUUGGUUGAUUGCGUGUGUAAUUUUGUUAACAAGACUUCGCUUUCUCGCGCUAAUUUUCAUUCGCAAGUGAGCGUCUGGAAUAAAAGUGCAGAGAAGAUAAGUUGGAUCACGCUUUCGGGCACUCUCUGGAUUCUAUCAUUAGUAUGCCUGAUUGGUUAUUAUGCUAAAAAUUAGAGGUGGGAAUUCAGUGCUUUUUAAGUCUAGUCUAGUCUCCAAAUACCCUCCCUUCACUGAUUUUUUCCGCACAGUUUUCUGACUGUCCUAUUAAGUUGGUUAGAAUUUGAGCCCUCAGCCUUACCAGCCCAAAAUUUUUCUAGGGUUUUAUUUUUUAUCAUUUUACCCACAAAUCUCCCUAAGGUUGAUUUCAGGUGGACAGUGAGAACAAAGCUAGAACAUUAUGGACUCUUAUCAUCAAGCUUCUAGUUUUGCUUGUUCUGUGGAAAAGGCUCCACUUAGUAUGAAUUCCCACAGAGGUAGACCAGCAGAUUAUAAGAGCAAUGACACUAAUUUUGGUCCCACACAACAUGAAGGUUGCUUGAAUCCUGAGAGCCGUAGGGUAAUUGGGAACCGCAACUAUGCUGUUGGAGAGGAGAUAAGGGAGGGGCAGAGACAAACUUUUGUGGGUAUUCUGGAUAUCUACGUGCACCAUGCGAGAGACAUUCACAAUAUCUGUAUCUAUAACAAGCAGGAUGUAUAUGCUAAGCUGUCUCUUACCAGCGAUCCGGAGGGAGCAUUGUCUACUCAAAUAGCGAACGGAGGUGGAAGGAAUCCGGUAUUCAAUGAAAAUUUGCAGCUUAAAAUCAACAGUCAAAAGGAUGAAUCUUUGAGGUGUGAGGUUUGGAUGCUAAGCUGCGCAAGGAAUUACUUGGAAGACCAGUUAUUGGGUAUUGCCUUAGUGCCCUUGGCUACCUGUGUAGGUAAGGGAAAAGUGACUCAGGAUUUCACAUUGUCUUCAAAUGACCUUUUCCAUUCUCCUUCUGGCAUAGUUCAGUUGAGUCUCUCUUACCAUGGAUCAGUACCCUCAGAUUAUCACUGUCAAUCUAAUGAUGAAGCAAUAUUGGCCUUUUCUCCAUCCUCCAUAAGUUCAGAAGCCUUUAUGCUCGGUAAUGAAAUGGAGGAUACUCAGCCUAUUAAUUACAAUGAAAUCGAGUUCCCUGACCUGCGAGUCGCUAGUGAAAACCAUCAAAUGGUUUCUGAAUAUAUCCAAAUGGGCUCAGAUGAUUCAAAACCUGAGAGCUCUCCAAAGGGAGAUAUAAUGAUAGCUAACCCAAAUGAAAAUGAACUAUCAGGGGCAUCAUUUUCACCACUGAGUUCAUUUCCCUCAACAGAAGAUGAUUAUGAAAUGACCACAAACGGGACAAGUGACAAGUGUGCAGAUUCUUCAACGGCUUUUGCUAAGGCCAAUAAUUCGUUUGAUUACAAAACUGACCCAGAUGCAGAGCACUCACCUUUCAAUGCUGUCAGCUCUAGUAAAAGUAGUUCAAGUGAAGGUCAGAAGGAUGCCUUUAGUCCGGAAUUCAUCGGGCCUGGUGGAAUUGAGCAUUUUUCCAAUGGAACUUCUUUAAAGGAUAAUGGGACUUCCUUGAAUGAGGAAAUUUUGUCUUCAAAGGAUUCGGUCAAAGAAUCUACAGCUUCUAGCUAUCAAUCAAUGAUUUCUGAAGGGGGAAAAGGGAUGGCAUUCUCUACUCCUCUUGUAAGUAUAAAUCUUGACAAAGAGCAGGCAGUGGUGCAGCAGCAAAUAGUUGACAUGUAUAUGAAGAGCAUGCAGCAGUUCACAGAGUCAUUGGCAAAGAUGAAGCUUCCAAUGGAUAUGGAGAGCCAGGAAUCUGGUGAUACUGCUAAGUCCGGAUCAGAGCAGAAGAAUGUCCAAUCUGGAAGAAAUGCAGGCUCCAGAGUCUUUUAUGGCAGUAGAGCAUUUUUCUAAGAUUUGAAGAUGAUGGUGAGGUAUUUUUCUGACAUGGAUUUCUGAUGAUACUUCAAUUUCAAAGUGAUUUCCAAUAAUUCAGCCGUACAGCAUCACGUAGGUGGAUAGAUUUAGUUACUUGCAGUGCUUUGUAUUUAGAAAUUUAGUACUGAACACUUGGAAACUUUUUCCUAUAGCAAUAAAAUUUAUUUUCUUACAUUAACAAAAGUUUUAUCCAAACUAGUAAAUGAAGGUUUUCAUUAUAGGUGUAUGCAUGCAUUCAACCUGUAAUUUGUUUUAAGGAAGGUUUUCAUUAUAGGUGUAUGUAUAUUCAACAUGUAAUUUGUUUUAAGGAGAUGUCAGUAUUUAUAUAUUCUGGUUUCUGGUUCA